AUGUUCCUUGCCGAUACGUUGUCCAGAGCGAGCAUUCCCGGUGAUGGGAAAAGUGGUCCAGAGUUCGAGACUAUCAACAUGAUGAAGUACCUGCCAAUUUCCGACGAACGAUUAAAGGAAAUACAACGAGAAACAAAAAGCGACGAGUCCCUCCAAGUCUUGACGACGGUGAUUCGGCAAGGGUGGCCAGAGCAAAAAGAAGAUCUGCCAAAUGUUGUGACACCCUACUUCAACAUCCGAGACGAGAUGUCGAUCCAAGAUGGUCUGGUAUUUAGAGGAGAAAAAGUGGUUAUCCCGCAAGCAAUGAGAAGCAAGAUGCUGGGAAAAGUCCACAACUCCCACCUGGAAGUAAAUGGUUGCUUUAAUCGAGCUCGAGAGUGCCUUUACUGGCCCGGUAUGUCCAACGAUAUCAAGAACCAUGUGUCAACCUGCGAAGCCUGUCGUGAGUAUGAGAGAAGUCAGCCAAAGGAAACUUUAUUUAGUCAUGAAGUGCCAAGUCGACCCUGGAAACGUGUAGGAAUAGACUUAUUUGAACUAGAGAGAAAACACUAUCUAGUUACCGCUGACUAUUUUAGUGAUUUCUUUGAGCUGGAUCACUUAAAGAAUAUUUCCUCAGUACACGUCAUUAGGAAAAUCAAGAGUCAUUUCGCGAGACACGGCAUACCCGAGCAGGUGAUAACGGACAAUGGCCCGGAGUUCGUGGCACACGAUUUCCAGAUAUUUACUAAGGAAUGGGACUUCGAGCACAUCACCUGUAGUCCAUACCACAGUCAAGCAAAUGGUAAAGCCGAAAGCGCUGUACGUAAAAGAAGCUAA